AUGGCAUAUCGCCUCUCUCGACGCCACGCUGGCCUCGCCUCCGCCUCGCACCUCGGCCUGGUGCGGCACUUGUCCCAGGCAAGGCCCGCCAACCCAACCGACUCGGCCCUCUCGCGCACCCUCUUUGUCCGUCCGCACGACGGCAAGCACCUCCUGUCCGCGACCCACACCCUCUCGCUCGUCGACUUUUUCGCGCGGCACCUCGGCGACCUCGACUUCUUCCACUGCCCGCGCGAACCCCAGGCCCAAAGGCUCCUCGGCUACCUCUGCCUCGUCUUCCGCCACCCGGAUGCCGUCGCAAAGGCCCUAAGGGGCAGCUCGGCAGGCGAGGCCACUUGGAGGGUCGAGCUGCCGUCCAUGCUGUCCAGUCGGCCCCGCAACACCUACCUCGACGACAUUGCACAUGCCCGCCUCGCGGGCAGCGCCGACCCCGCCGCCACCUCCCUCGCCUACCACGCAGCCAGCCACAGGUGGGACGCCAAACUCAUACGCAACCCCGCAGCACUACGCCCCGGAUGGGACGACGUUGCUCCCCUCGUCGGCAUCCGCACCCUACCCGCACCUUACUACAACUUCGGCGCCACCCACUGGACCAACGACAACCAGGCUGACCCGGAAUUUGGACGCGCACCUUCGUCCUUAGGUCGAGCAGCCAACGGCCUCGAAGCGUCAGAUCCGGACCUCGAAGGCGACGAGCUCGAUCAGUCUCUCGUCGAGACCGACUCCAUCUUCCACAUCGACCCAACGCCGCGAGACAUCCUCGUCACCGUCGAGCGGGCCGCGCAGCGCGCUCCAGUCCGCAGCGCCAGGCGCGUCGGCGGCGCAGAGGGCCUCGACUCUACCACCGCAGCCGAGAACCCAAGGUCACGCUCGAGGCUACUCCAGGACGCCGAGGCGGCACUCAAGAGGUUCGGCGGCUUCCGAGGUGGCAUCGCUGACUCGGUGCACGAGUCUCGCCGGAGGAGGCAGGAGCACGGGACAGGUCCUUCUCGGAGGGGGAGGACGCGGACGGACGAAGACGAUGUCGAAAUUCAGGUCGAAGCGGAAGUCGAUCCUUAUCCGCUGAACCAAGCUGCCCGCCCGGAACGGCCUGCGCCGCGAUCCCGCUUUGCGGCUGCCGGUGGUGCCGGCCCCGGCCACGGCUCCUCUGCCCGCUUCGGCGACCAAGGUGACGGCUGGCCGCCCAAGGCUGCUCGCAACUACACCACCCUAGCCGCUGCAGCCAUUCGCCCUUCGGGCUCGCUCGCCAUGACUGCUGUCGGUUCUGGGUUACGGACGGGCUCGUCUCCAACAUCGCCUUCCUCGUCUCGGAGCCCUCCGCGAUGUUCGUCGUGCGUCUCCCGCUCCUUUGCCAGCUCCGCCACCGCCGAGGGUCUGUCGGACAGGGCGCGCCGCAAGGCAGAGUGGCAGCGUAACCGCAAGUCCAACUUUGUUGAUGCGCUCAACGUGCGCGUCUACGGCGGCAGGGGCGGCGAUGGCUGCGUGUCUUUUCAUCGCGAAAAGUACGUCCAGUACGGGCCGCCUUCGGGCGGCAACGGCGGCCCUGGCGGCAGCGUCUACAUCCGCGCCGUGGCUGGGCCGACGAACCUCUCGCGCCUCUCGAGGCGGUACCGAGCCGCCGACGGCCAGCACGGCCAGGGCUCGUUUCUCCACGGCCGGCGGGCCGACGACAAGGUCAUCGAGGUGCCCGUCGGCACCGUCGUGACAGCCGUCAGGCGCAAGAUGGACGAAGAAGAGCUGCUGGUGCAAGAGUACGAGACCGAUCUCUUGCGGAGGGCGAGAAAGGCCAAGUGGGAGAUGGGCGGCAUGGUCGCCCCGGAAGAGGCCGUUGAGCGGGCCGAGGAGGAAGAACGGCAAAGGCGCCUCGCCCAGCGCGAGCAGUACGCGCUCGACCACGGGCAAACCUCGGACGAUCCAGAUCACGCUCCCGACGCAACGACCGCCGCCGAGGCAGCGCAGGAGGCCAGAGAGGCCGACGACGAUGUCAUCGAUGGCGAGGCGCUGCUGGAUCCGGCAGAGGCGAUGCACAUCCAGAUGCUGCGCGACAAGGUCUGGCGCCACUACCCGCGGUCCGAGGAGUCCAACUACCGGCGCGACGAGUUCCGGGCGGCAGAGAUGCGGCUCGCGUUCGAGAAGCGGCGCCAGCUCUCGCGAUCAGCCAAGGCAGCGUCGACGCUGGCCAUCUCCGGCGCUGACCUGGAGAGGAGCGCGGCCUCACAGACGCCGUUUGAGGAGGACCUCUUGGAGGAAGAGGAAGAGGAAGAGGUCGGAGAGGACGAGGGGGCGGACGAGGACGGCGUCGACGGCGUGCGCGCAAGCAGGCGGGAAGAGAGGGUCGCCUGGCAGGUCGACCUCGAGACGCCAACGCCCGCCUCGUCGCCGGGCAUCCUGCUCGCGUCUGGCGGCAUGGGCGGGCUGGGCAACCCGAGCUUCCUCACGUCGACCAACCGCUCGCCCAAGUUUGCCACGCGCGGCACCGUCGGCGAGUCGGUCGAGAUCCGGCUCGAGGUCAAGUCGCCCGCCGACAUUGGGCUCGUGGGCCUGCCCAACGCGGGCAAGUCGACGGUGCUGCGGGCGCUGAGCGGCGCGCGGGCCGAGGUGGGUAGCUGGCAAUUUACCACGCUCAGCCCCAACUUGGGCGUGGUGCGGCUCGACGACCAGGGCAAGCUGGUCGGCGUCGGCACCGACGAGGUGUCGGAAGGAUUCGGAAAGCUCAAGGGCAUCGACACCGAUCCGGUCGCGAAGGCCGAGGCGGACGGUGAGCAGGGCAUCGAGACGUUCCGCCUCACCCUCUCGGACGUGCCGGGCCUGAUUGAAGGGGCGGCCGAGAACCGCGGGCUGGGUCACGAGUUCCUGCGGCACGUCGAGCGGUGUCCCGUGUUGGUGUACGUCAUCGACAUAGGACCGGACAGCCCGCACCCGGAGCGGGAUCUGCUGACGCUGCGGCGGGAGCUGGAAGAGUUCCGGCAGGGGCUCAGUCGACGGUGCAAGGUCGUCGUGGCCAACAAGGCCGACCUGUGGGGCGUGGGUGCCGACGCCGACGUCCAGGUCGAGACGGCCAAGGCCAAGCUGGCCAGGCUGAGGGAGACGGUGCGCCAGAUUGCCCUCGAGGAUGCCGACGGGAGGGAGGCGCGGGCCGACGAGCUCACCAUGAAGGUGCUGCCGAUCUCGGCCAAGAAGCGCCAGGGCACCGAGAGGCUGGCGCGCCUGCUUGGCGAGGUGUUGCAGAGGCAGAAGAGGGACGACGAGGACGAUGUGAGGUGGGAGGCGGACGAGGCGGAUGGGUUGGCCUGA